AUGGUUUCCGAAGCACCAAGCAGACAUCAUGUUGAAGAAUUGGUUGUUAACAAAUUCGUUGCACAUGGAUUCAUUGACGAUAUUGGAGUCGAUAAUAAUGAAAACCAUGUGCUCACUGAUGGGGAAGAUUCAGAUGACGAAGAACAAGCGAACGAAAAUAUGGCGAUCGAAGAGCAAGCAAACGAGGAUCUGGUGAUUGAAGAGUCAGAGAACGAAGCUCCAGAUGACGAUGAUGAUGAUGAUGAUGAUGAUGAAGAAACUGAUAGCGAUUGGUCAGCGACUGAGGACAUAGGUCACGAAACAUCAGACACAGACAUCUCUGAAGCAGAUACAUCAGACACAGAUGUAUCUGAAGCAGAUAUUGGUGAAGUGGCAGAUCCACCAGAUGAAGAUCUGGAUGGAAAAUUCAUAUCUGAAGAAACUCGCCAACAACUUAAACGCAAUCUUAACCUUAGACUUAAAGGUAGACGCAUUGUUAGCGACAUUGUCGAUCACGAAGAUCACGGCGAUCGGGUUGGUGCUGAACAAAACGGUCGACACGUGGAAAUGGUUUUGAUCCGCGAAAAACAGGUUGAAGAGCCUGUUGAAGAACGCUGUUUAGACGACGCUGGGUCGUGGCACUUCCAUGAAAAGGAUUAA